CCGACCGCCAUGCCUGCUAUUCCCGUAGCCAUGCUGAAGUGCGGGAUGACGGGCGGUCAGGUGAAAGUAUUUGGGAAAGCAAUACAAACUCUAUCACGAGUGAGCGAUGAGCUGUGGCUAGACCCGUCUGAGAAAGGUCUUGCUCUGAGAUCUGUGAAUUCUUGUCAUUCCACAUACGGCUAUGUCCUGUUCUCGUCUAUGUUUUUUCAACAUUAUCAAUGGUCACCCUCAGCCACCAUGAGUGAUAAUGACUUACCACUGAAUUUAAAUUGCAAACUGGCAAUAAAGUCAAUUCUGCCAAUCUUUAGAUGUCUGAAUUACCUUGAAAGAAGUGUAGAGAAGUGCACAAUAGUCACCAGGUCGGACAGAUGCAGAGUCGUCAUUCAGUUCUUCGGCAGGCAUGGUAUUAAAAGAACUCACAAUGUGUAUUUCCAAGACAGCCAGCCCUUGAAAAUUCUCUUUGAAAAGAGCUUGUGUGCGAAUAUCCUGAUGAUUAAACCAAGACUGCUGGCUGAGGCCAUUGCUCUUCUAACAUCAAAUCCAGAGGAAGUCACCUUCUCUGUCACUCCAGGGAACUUCUGCCUCAAGAGUUCAAGUGGGGAGUCGCUGGAUUUAACCAGCUCUGUAUACAGUGAGAUGUCUUUUGGCCCGGAAGAGUUUGACUUCUUUCAGGUUGGACUUGAUACCGAGAUAACAUUUUGCUUUAAAGAACUGAAGGGGAUCCUCACCUUCUCAGAAGUGAUGCAUGCACCCCUAGCCAUCUACUUUGACUUUCCUGGAAAACCGGUUGUUUUGAGUGUUGACGACAUGCUCUUGGAGGCGAACUUUAUCUUGGCCACGUUAGUGGAUUAUCCAAGUAGAACAUCUUCACCACAGUCCCUGCGCCUUUCCCAGGCACGAAGGUCAGACCCCACACAAUCUGAUGCCCAGGAGGGUAAAAGCCGAGUCAGCCGGAACCCCGAGAGCAUCUCUCGAGCAGCGCCCAAAAGGCUGUUUCCCAAGGAUCCUCCUGACAGUGGCUGUGCAGCACCCAAGGGUCCUCCUGACAGCAGCCGUGCAGCACCCAAGGAUCCUCCUGACAGCAGCCGUGCAGCACCCAAGGGUCCUCCUGACAGCAGCCGUGCAGCAGAGACCAAGAGAGCCAGCGCCAGCCAGGAUGACAUCUCCGAAGUGCCUGAAAGUGUUGUCAGUGACAUGGAGGAAGGGCCAAGCCCUUCAUACCUCAGAAAGUUUUCCUGCAUGUUCUUUGGAGCUGUAUCUUGUGAACAGCAAGAGCAUGCCGGCCACCCCUUGGACAGCCUGGCAAUAGCAAGUGACAGUGAAGAGGACAUGCGUGGAUGAGCGUCCAUGCCAUUGCUCAGUGACAGCCGCACUGAGUGCUUGGCUCUCUGAAGGCCAAGUGGAAACAGAGCAGACUGUCCCAGGAUCCCCCGGAGACACUGUCUGCUCUUGCCAGUAUCGCUGUGCACUAAAAUCCACGUGCCACUUGAAGGACAGAGCUGGCAGCACAGGAAUGAGCCAUCAGGGCUUAGAUGUCACUGUUGCAGCCUUGACAUGUCCUGUGCUGGUCUCUAAGGCAGACUUUCCUCAGCAUCGGGGUGAGGUGGAGUUUCUGUACCUGACUGCAGACAGCAGGCAUUCCAACUUAUGUGAUGAUGACCUGACAGGUUUUGUUCAUUGUUUUUUUUUUUUUCAGAGUAAAGAAAAGGUUGUG